AUGAGGCCGUCUGUGUUUUUCUACCUCACCUACGCACUGUGUGUGUGUUUGGGCCUGUUCUGUCUGCUGUUUGUGACGUACUGGAACUCCCACUGGAGAGGUGGUUUCUCCUGGGAUGGCUCAGCUCUGCAGUUCAACUGGCAUCCUGUCCUCAUGGUGUCUGGGCUGGUGGUUCUGUAUGGCAACGCGGCCGUUGUGUAUCGCGCACCAUUCACCUGGAAGCAGAAGAAGAACACCUGGAAACUGGUUCAUGCUGGACUGAUGCUUUUGGCUCUGUUUCUGUCCGUCUUGGGCCUGUGUGCCGUGUUUGACUUCCACAGUGGUUCCCACAUCCCUGAUCUGUACUCUCUGCACAGCUGGGUGGGGCUCUGUACUGUGGUAAUGUUUACAUUCCAGUGGGUCCUUGGCCUGGCUGGCUUCUUGUUUCCUUGUUCUACAAUGUGGUUCCGUAGCACCCUGAAACCAGUCCAUAUCUGGAUGGGAAAAGCCAUCUUGGUCCUCAGUCUGACCUCCUGCAUCAGUGGUAUCAAUGAGAAACUGCUACUUACUCUCAGCGGUGAACCUUAUAACUCACUGCCUGUGGAAGCAAAGUUUGCUAAUUCCCUCGGCAUCCUCACUGUGGCCUUUGGAUUGGUUGUCUUUGGCAUCUUGUCUAGAAACAAAUGGCAGCGGCCGGACACAGAUAGUGAAAGUGUUCACCUUCUGCCCAAUGAAGACAGCACAUGA